AUGGCUACACAAUAUUUUGAGCAUAAACUUGAAUUAGGAAAUUUUUCUGAAACACCUCAUUUUCAAUUGAUGGAAUGGCAUCCAUCAUUGAAUAUUCUUGCUGUGGCAUCGGUUAGUGUUGGUACAAAUAUAUUCUUCUAUGGAGAAGAUGGUGAACAUGAUGAAGCUGCUCGUGUACAACAUAUGGGUAAUGCUUAUUGUAUGGCAUGGCAUCCGAUUAAAAAAACUUUAGCUAUCGGUUUUUCCAAUGGUGAAUUGAUGAUAUGGAAUGGAUCAAAUCGUCGAUUAGAAAGUGUCAUUGUUCAUAAAAGUUGUAUUACAUCGUUAACAAUUAAUGUAGAUGGAACACGAUUAUUGUCAGCUGAUCAAGAUGGUCUAAUCAUCCUUUGGAAAGCUGAUUCUUUAGCUCAAGUAUCUCAGCAAAGCGUAAUUUUACAAGUUACUGUUCCUGGUGAAUCAGUCACAUAUGUACUAAGUAAAUCGUCACCUUCAGGUCGAUCUGAUCAAGAUUAUCGAGAGUUAGCUCGAGCAGCAGUUGAAGGUGAUCAAACUGCAUUAGAUAUGCUUGCUAUGAGUACAAGUCGACAACAAUUUAGUGAACCAGCAACUUUUUAUGUUGGUACUGAUAAAGGAAAUGUCUAUAUGGUUAUUGACAAAUUACGAAAAAUAUGUUCGGCUGAUGAUGGUGUUGCACGUCUUUUACAUUCAUAUGAUUAUGAUAUGCUUAUUGUUGUCACUAAAGGAAAUAUGAUGACACAAUAUAAUCUUCAACAACUGCAAACACAAUCAGAAGUUUUAAUUCCUACAAAUUCUGGUAAAUUAUCUGGUCGACCGACAGAUUCAGAUUUUGCUUUAAUUGGUACAACUUUAUUUGCUUAUGUUACUGGUGAAUCAACAAUACGAAUGAUUGAUCUUGCUUCAUCGGAUAAUCUUCUUUUAAAAAUAAAUCCAGAAAUGGGUUAUGCUAAUAAUGAAGUUUUAAUUUCUGUAUCUUACAGUGCAAUGAAAGGAAUUAUUGCUGCGGGUACUAAUCGAGGAAAUAUUGCAUUUUGGAUUUAUAAUCCGAAUCGUCAUACAACAGAUGUGGAAAAACAUUGGAGUCUCCAACGAGCUAAACAAAUUGCCAAUGGUAUACCUGUUCGAAGUUUAAAAUAUUGUCCACAACGAAAUUGUCUUGCUGCUAAUUUGAUUUCACAAAUGUUUAUACUUACUGAUGAAAAUAUGUCAGCAGCAUAUAGAGAUCAGCUUGCAGUUGUUCAACUUAGUCCAACAGUUGUUCAUGUAGCAUUUUUUCGCUAUAGUAUUGUGAAAGAAGAAGAAUUAGAUAUGCCAUUUAAAAGUUUAUGUGUUUCUAAAAAUCAUAUUGCUGUUUGGAAUAAAAAACAAAUUCGUGUUUAUGAACUUAUUUGUGAUGCAUCAAAAUCCGAUAAUGAAAAAGUUGUUCGAAAUGAAAAAGGUUAUUUUUCUUGUUCACCAUCAAAUGUUAUCCUUUUCGAUCAACUUUUAUUUGUACAAGAAAAUGGUCGUGUUAAUGUCAUGUCGUUUCAAGGAACAUCUAGACAAACACUUACAUUUGCACAAAAUGAAGGUGAAGUAAAUACAAUUAAUUCAAAUGGAUCAUUUCUUGUUAUUGGUUCAACCAAAGGUUAUGUUAAAGUUUUUGAUAUAUCUCGACGUGAAUUACGACCAAUUGGUAAAACAUUAAAUAUAAAUGCACACACACCAUCAGUUGAUUCAAUACGUGAAAUAGCAGUUAAUUGUACAGGAACAAAAGUAACAGUUUUAACAUCACAAACAAAUUUGAAUCCGAGUAGUCGACUUUAUGUAUGGGAUGUAGAAAAAGAUGUUGUGACAUGUUUUGAUUUUAGUUCAGAGAAAUUACCGGGUACUGAAUAUGGUCGUAUUAGACCAAAAGAUAAUACGAAAAAUACACCACAAUAUCGUCGUUAUCCAUCAAAUAUUCAAUGGGAUCCAGAAGAUUCUCGAUUGAUGGCAUUAGAAAUUUAUUUACAUCAACAAAAGCUUGAUUUAAGUGCAUCAUUAAAUGGUGAUGAUAAAACUUAUGAUAUACUGUUAACAAGUAGAGGAGUUGGAGAUGGUGAUUCAAGUAUUGCCAUUAAUCAUACAAUUGCAGCACGAGAUUCAGUUGCAGCAAGUCAAGAAGAUAUGGCAGCAUCAUUAAUCGUCAGUAUGCUUUGUACAUCAGACAAUCAAAUAUUUCCAAAAGAUGCAUUUCUACGUAAUGUUUCUUAUCGACAAUUGAUUGCUAUUAAAAUUCCAUUUUAUUUCUUUGUUACACGAGAUAAACAUUCGGACUUCGAUCGACAUAUAAUUAAAUCUAAUCCAACCUUACCAACAACAAAAACUGAUUUAUUGGAUACAGCUGAUGAAAAUGUUACAAUAAAAAAUUCACGUAUUCGUAUUCAACUGCCUAAACUUGAUACAUUNAGGUAG